GCUGUGGCUAAGGAGGAAGGACAGCAUUUAGGGCCUAUUUUCUUGAGGGACAGCUGUAGCAUGUGGUAGGGACACAGCCCAGUCACUACUUUGCUACCAGUAGAUCGUACAUCGUUUCAAGAAGUGAAAUGUUGCUGAGCAAUGGUUCUUUAUGGACCCUUCAGCUAAAGCAAUGGCAUUGAAAACCAUGCACACUGUUGAAGUUCUGACACUUAGCAAAGCCCACAAGGGCACAACACCUACCUGAACAUUCCUCUCAUAGUAUAAGAAUCAAUUGAACACUGUAUGUGUUGAAGUAAAAUGUCAGCUUCAGCAGGACACCGAAUGAGACAGCAAACAUGAUUUUAGAAACUUUAAUAUACAUAAUCCUGCACCACAACAUUCCUCAGCAUUAUUAUACUCCGAUAACAGCAGUGAAAGCACAGUGGUUAGGGCUCUGAGCUGGUGAUCUGAAGGUUGUGUUUAGUUCCCAAGCCCUUGAGCAAGCCCCAUCACCCUCAGUUGCUGGAUUUUACGUCCUUGUAAAUUGCGUUAGACAGAAUAAAUGAAUAAUUGUAUUUCCAGCCUAAGACCUAGUAAUAGCAGAGUCUACAUAAUUCCACGACCUAGAUCUUAUUUAUACGGCUCGGUUCUCUAUUUAGUGAGUCAAAUCCUUUGGUUCAGCUAACAAAUAAGAGCCGACUCUUUUGGCGCCCAUGCCAUUCAUUGCCAUUAAUUAUCAACGUUUCCUCAAAAGAGUCGGUUCAAAGAAUCGACUCGUUCCGAAAGAUACUAUCACCUUUAUGGAACAGCUACACACCUCCUCCCACUGAGGUAAAGACCACAGAAACUCAUUACUAGCAUUUCGAAUAAUAUAUAAUGGAAUAUGAUGUAACGAUUACUGAAUAUGUUAAAAACAACGACAACAUGUUCAUCAUAUCUCAUUGACACUGUGGAACAGUUCACACUAGUUUAUAGCUACUGCAUAUUAAUGAACCCAAAACUGAUAUGCCGUACAGUAUGUUCCUUAUGGAACCAAUAGGAGGCAAGUCUGUGCUGAAUUUUCCUUUAAAAGCACACAUUUUAAAAUGACAUAAAAACGCUGAUAUUCAGUAAUUUUGAACUGAAUAUUUCAGUGUGAUGUGUAAGCAUGUCUGGGGAAGCUUUGCUCAUCAAGCGGCAAACCCAAUUUAAUAACUGUCCGUCUGAAAACGGGAACAAGUAAACAUAGUUCCGCAAUCAAAGAGGCAAAAUUAGCGGCAACAGACAGUGCUUCCUAAAUCAAUACAAGAAACAACGUUAUAAUGGAAAACAUUAUAUUGUCUGACAAACAAUAUAACAAUAUAUAAUAUGGCAAGGUUAUAGAUAGAAGGCUGACCGCUUUGCGGAUAUUAUAUCAAUGAGUGGACGGUGAUCAAUCCUUUUUUUUUUUUUUUUUUUUUUUUUUUUUUUUUUUUAAAGUAAAUUAAGUAGGUAUCAGGAUUACAAAAUAUACUCCAUAUGAGAUUUUAAAACACGAUUAAAGGGUUAGUUUGUAUCCCGCCUUGUAUUCAGACCCUCCUCUUCGACAUUGGGGAUUGGCCAUAGAAGGAAACUUCGCCUCGGAUCCGCUGUAUCUGUAGCUCUCUGUGUGUCUGGAGCUUUACACGAACAGACACCGUGAACAGAGGGAUGAUAUCCGUCUAAACCAGUCUGUCCUGCGGGAACAUGGCUUAAAUAUUACGGUUACUGGGCGGUGAGAAGUUUUUUAUUUUUAUUUUUAUUUUUAUUUUUAUUUUUUUUUUUACAAAUAGCUGUAACUUUCCGUGAAAAGAAAUCAGCGUCGAGACUUGUCUGUGCUACCGGCAGUGAAGCGUCUCAGGCAGCAAGGAGAGCUGGAACAACCAGUGUCAAUACAACAAUACACAGCAGGUUUUCUUCUCCGCAACAGCAGAGGAGAAAAGGUGCUCCCACACACAGGCCGCUGAUGAAGGGCAUGGAGAUGCUCCGUCGCUCCUCAGUAUUUGCAGCAGAAGUCAUGGAAGUGUUUGACCGCUCCCCAACAGACAAAGAACUCAUCUCCCAAUCGAAAAUGUUGUGCAGGGACUACAUUCACUCAAGGCUCAACCGGGCUGGGAUUGGUUGGACCAAAUCUGAGCUUGGAUCUACAGGAGGAACCCUCGGAGAAGUGUCCACUGUUCUUCUUUGGUUAGGUGAUGAGCUUGAAUACUUGCGACCCAACGUGUACCGCAAUGUGGCAAAACAACUGAAUAUCACUGUGGCUUCAGAAGGUAUUGUUUCUGAUGCCUUUCUGGCUGUAGCUGCAGAAAUCUUCUCCACAGGGGUGACGUGGGGUAAGGUGGUCUCUCUGUAUGCAGUAGCCGGAGCAUUGGCAGUGGACUGUGUUCGGCAUGGCUACCCUGCCAUGGUCCACACCAUCGUAGACUGCAUGGGCGAGUUCGUUCGCAAGAGCCUGGUGUCCUGGUUGAAGAGGAGAGGAGGUUGGGCUGACAUUACAAAGUGCGUAGUGAACACGGACCCCAGCUUCCAUUCUCACUGGCUGGUGGCAGCAGCCUGUACGUGUGCACACUACCUGAAGGCCAUCGUCUUCUACCUGCUGAGGGAGAAGUGAAGGCACAACAGAGGGACAGUGGACAAUGGACAAUGAGCCUCUCGUCUGUUUUGGGUGGAUAGAGCUGCCAUUUCACCGCUUUGACACGUUACCGCUCUCGGAAAGGAAAGUCGCACCGUGCCUUUAAUGGACUUUUGUGUGUGCUGAGCUGUUCUUGGAUGUCUUCGUGGAUUGGCUUCAAGGGGAUGUAAGGAUUUUCAGUGGAUUGAUAUCCAUUAGGUGAUGAUACCUAGAGGACACUUAUAUCUGAGGGGAAACUAUCAGUAGGACACGAACUACAGGAUAUUUCCCCAUCAGAAUCAGGAAGAGUGAUGUGUGUUUCAGCAGUGUGUUCCUUUAAAGCCAUACUGUCUAGCCCUCAUCUGCACUAUCACAUAGUGGCUCUUAUUAGUUUAUCCAUGUUUUUAGUGGACUGCACUGUUUUUUUUUUUUUUUGUUUUUUUUUUUAAAUACACUUUAUUGAUAUUGACACCUUCAAAUGCAUCUAGUGUUAUGAAAUUACUUGGGCAAGGUAGAAAACCUGGUGUUUUUUUUCUGCUCAGAUGAACAGAAUAGUUGCGUUAUGCUGACCAGAAACACUCUUUGUGAAAAAAUCAUGUGUGUUUGUGUGUGUGUAUGAUCUCGUGUGAGGGAAAACUUGAGAGAGAUUAAAAAAGCAUGAAAGAAUUAAACGGAUCUGGCUUUUUUAUUUCUUGUCCACUCUAAACUGAACUAAACAGCAUAUAUCUGAGUCCUUCAGUCAUCUAUAAAACAGCCUGUAAAACCUAUAAGCACUUUGGACAAAGCUUCCACCAAGGCUUGGGCGUAUCUGGUGUUUCGGUUUCGUCGUCAUAGCUCCGUCUGUGCUGUAAUAUAAAAGUUGCUCUAUGAACUUUGACUGCGUUAUGCAGUUGCAACUGAUAACUUUUUCUGUAUAUAUACAGCAUAUAAAAAUUCAUUUUUGAGAAAUAACACAUUGCUAUUGUGUGCAGAUCGCCAAGCCACACUGAAUGUCUACAGAAUGAAUGUUACGAAAUGGAGAAAUGGCUUGAGAUACUGGAAUUGUGUAGGAUUGGGUUUGUUUUUUUUUUUUGUUUUUUUUACAUCACAAUAAUGAAUAAAUAUGAAUUCACUGAACUUUGUCCAAUGACAGGAUUAUAGGGAAAUGUGAUGCUCUUUUCAGUCCCUCCAGGAUUUCGCAAUUCUACGAUCACAGAAAUUUAUGCAAAGUCGAGCAAACUCCGCAAUAUUCAGAGGAGUUUGCCAAUUUUAAAAAUUACCUCCGAUUUUUUUUUUUGUCAAGACGCGUCACGUGACAUCGUCGUAACAUGCCUUCAAGCAAAGCCUUCUUUGAUUCAUUUGCGUCGAACACGAGUGCAGCGAAAAGGUCUCAUUUACCAACAGACAUCACUGCGAAAGACAGACAGUGCAAAACAAUUUUGUGCGACUUCAAUUUUUGCCAAUUCAAGUAGUUUUCUGUAAAAAAAAAAAAAAAAAAAAAAACUACAAAAAAAUGUAUUUAUUUUUGGUCACAAAAAACUAAUUUUGAAAAAAAGCCGCAGUAAAAUCAAGCUUUUUGUGCCGCAACAAUCACAAAAACUGUAAAGAUUGUAUUUUGUCCAACACUUCUGCAAUAGUGCGUCACGUCAAGCACUUUCCUUUAAGCCUGAAAAAUGUAAACAUAAAUAAAUAAAUAAUUCCUUUAAGCCCGGAUAGAAAAUGCAGACUUACAGUACAGAGGGUGAUUUUGCUUUGCUGUCAACUGCCAAUCAUGCCAACUGCAGAGAACCAGUAAGAAUGCAGAGAACUUUCAGCAUUCUGAGCAUUGUGGCCAGUGGAUGGAAUGUGUGAGGCUGAAGCGAACUUAAAAAGCCUAUAAUAUAAAAUAAAAGCACGAGAGAAUUAAAAAUCAAUCCGUCAAUCAAUCAAAUGAAAGUUUAAUCCAAUGGAAAGCACUGAAAUAAGCAUCUAAUGGGAGGCUAGUUUAGUGGUAUCAGUAUUGCUGUAUGAAUAUUCCUAACUAUCACAAUCGUUCCUAACUGUCGCAAGCAUUAUAAAAUACCCCACGAUUCUAGAACUUUUGCACGAUGAAGACGUGAAGCUUAGACUGUACCUACUUUUGAGAGUUUUAACAGGUGACUAGAUGAAUGGCCGGUGACUUUUCUUUUGCUUGUACAAUGUUAUGUGGUCACAAGACACUACAUUGAGCUCAUGGAAUCAUAAUAUGUAUGUGCAAUGUAAGCUAUUUUAUCAUGCUAUUAUUUUGCUAUUUUAAUUCGUCAGAUUAAUAAAAUAAUGCCAGUGUUUUGGUUAAUUGGAUGUUCUCACUUAUAAAGAAACCUUGCCCACUGUUUUAAAGGAUAUGCUGAGCAAGCACUCAUCUGUUCUGAUUUCAACUCACUACAAAUUUUCCUUAUACAUUAUAUAGAUACUGUCAAAGUAUAAUCUCAGUAAUGACAUACAACUUGUAUACUAUUAUGAAACUGACACGGAACUUCACACACACACACACACAACUGUGCCACAAUUUAUUUUUGUGUUUUAUUUUCGUGUUUGCUCCUGGCUUAUGUUUUGUGUCUUACAAAUGGCAUGCACUUGUUUCUGCCCAGUUAGGUUCUAAAGAAAAAAAUAUAGUAAACUUGAAUAAUAACAAGAUCUAACAAAGUGCCGUGCAUUAUGUUCUACUGUUGGUCCUAAACUACUGUUAAUCACUUUAGUUAAAGUCUGCCAAACACAAAUGU